AUGUUGCUGAAGCCCAAGGACGAUGUGGGCGACAGUCACACCAACGCUGAUGUGCGCGGCCUUCGAAAGAUCCGAGCUCAGAGUCCUUGGACAUGGCGACCCUUAACGCUCAUCACCACAGCCGUCGCCCUCUUUGUGCUCUCUGUCAUCGUCCGGUCCUCUCUCAAGCUUCAGGUCGACCCUCAAGGAUCUGUCAUGUCGAUGAUGAGCCCGACCUACAUCAAGCUGUCGGGCUUUGAUACGGAACAUUCGCGAUUUGCGACAAAAUACGCGCUUUAUCUUUAUCGCGAAGAGGGGGUAGAUGAAUACACACAGGAUAACAUUGGGUUAAGAGGCGCCCCGGUACUGUUUAUUCCAGGGAAUGCUGGAAGCUACAAGCAAGUCCGCUCGUUAUCGUCCGAGGCCUCCCGCUACUAUGCCAACGUUUUACGCUACGAUGCUAGUGCUCUUAAAGAAGGCAUCAGGGCAUUCGACUUUUUCACCAUUGAUUUCAAUGAGGAUCUGUCUGCUUUUCAUGGCCAAACGCUGCUAGAUCAAGCCGAGUAUGUCAAUGAAGCCGUGGCAUAUAUUCUUUCUUUGUACCACGAUGCAAAUCGACUCCGCCGCGAUCCAUCGUUACCCGACCCUAGCUCGGUCAUACUCAUUGGACACUCGAUGGGCGGAAUAGUUGCACGUACUGUGCUUGUCACACCCAAGUACCAGGCAAAUUCUGUCAACACAAUCAUUACCAUGUCGACUCCUCAUGCUCGCCCGCCUGUCACAUUCGAUGCUGAUAUUGUCUCUUUGUAUCAGCAAGUCAACGAGUAUUGGCGAGAGUCUUAUCUGCAGAGAUGGGCGAGCAACAAUCCGCUAUGGCAUACUACUCUAAUAUCCAUUGCUGGCGGUGGGCUGGAUACCACUGUUCCGUCUGACUACACCAACAUUGCGUCCUUGGUUCCAGAGAGCCAUGGAUUUACCGUCUUCACGUCGGGCAUUCCAAAUGUCUGGACUGUCAUGGAUCAUCUGUCAAUCACAUGGGCUGACCAAAUGCGCAAAGUCAUUGUCAGAGCAUUAUAUGAUGUUGUGGAUGUUCGUCGUGCUGGGCAAACGAAGCCACGUGCCGAACGAAUGAAGGUUUUCAGGAAGUGGUUUCUCACUGGCUUGGAAGAGAAUACGCCCAGACGCCUCCGAGACACCACACACGAGGUUCUCUUGACAUUGGGUUCCGGUUCAAGAUCAUCCGUAGCCAGAAGCGAGAAUGUCACUAUUCGCCAAAUCGGAGCGCAGGACGCGAUGUCCGCAAUACUUUUGCCAAUUCCGACCGUUGAUAACGCUACUGCAAAACGGUUCUCUUUCAUGACCGACCAACAAACGGACCCGCAGGGCACUUUGGAGAAGCUGGAAGUUAUGUUCUGUAGUGCGUUUCCUCUUGCUGGAGGGCUGACUUCCAUGCCACUGCCUGUGCAGUUCGAUCUAUCUCCUGGCGAUGCCAGUGCUACGCGGCUGGCAUGCAAAAAACCUACCGGGGAUGGCAUUCUGCUCCCCGCUUCCACGAGAUCGUCUCAGUAUGCCUUUGAUCAGCCUUCCAAACCCUUCACGUUCUUGAACUACGACCUCAGGGAUCUGCAAGACCAUCAGUUUGUAGCCCUUGUUGACAAAUCCACCGAAAUCAGUAAUCAUUGGGCCUAUGCUGAGAUUGUGUCGGAAUCAGACUCUAUCAUCAAUUCAGAUGUUGGCCUUCCACGGCUCCUCCUCAGGGGCCUCAAUGUUGAGCUGCCACCGAGUCGACCAAUUGUUACAGAGAUUCGGGUCCCCUCAAUCCAGUCAAGCCUGUUGACGUACUCGCUUCAGGUUCGCCAGCACGGAUGUGGAGCAGAUACCGAGCUAUUCACGCCACUGGUACGUCAACAUAUUGAUAGUCCGCACGAGUCGAAAUAUUUCGUCAAUUUCAAACAAGGCGAUGUUAAUCUACACGGGGUUGCUCCCUUCAUGCCGCCCACUCUAGAUGGCCGCGAAUCCAAGGCCGGUGUCGCAUUUCAGAUCUGGUCGGAUCCUACCUGCAACUCUUCCUUGGAAGUCCGCUUGCGAGCCGACCCCAUCGGCAGUCUGGGCAAACUCGUGGUCAGAUACAGAACUGUAUUUGCAGCAUUUCCUCUGCUGGUUGUGGCCAUGGUGUUGCGCAAGCAGUUCAGGGUUUACGACAACUCAGGGGUCUUCAUCUCGUUCUCGGAAAGUCUCGAUCAGAGUUUGAGGCUUCCUCUGCCGGUGCUGUUACUCUCGAUGACUUUUUUCGCGACCGCUUUCACCUCAGCAGGUUCUCACGGAACUCCAUCGGGCGGCCACCAACAGAAGAAUGGUACUGCUGUCAAUUUUGCUGAGAAUGAUCUCCUGCUUGGAUCCCAGGACACUUUUUUCUGGUUUCUCGUUCCUCUAGCAGGCCUUAUCAGCAUCGGAGCUUGUGUCAUCUUGAACUACGCCAUCUUGGCCUUGCUGGAUGUUUUCGUCACUGCUUCUGGUUUGAUCUCUCGAGGCUAUGUCAAGAUCGAUGACGGUGAAAAAGGCAUUGCCUCUGCGUUCGUUGCGAGCACACCCCGACGGCGAGCCAUCAACACCGGAGUUCUUUUAUUUCUCGUUGCAACAAUUAUACCCUAUCCGUUCGCGUAUGUUGUGGCUUGCAUUGUACAGCUCAUGACUUGCACGCGGGCGUUGCGCUAUGCCAAAGAAACUAGAUCGGGACCGGCGCAUAAUUUCUUCAACUACAGCUACUCGAUACUCAUUUUAAUGCUCUGGGUUUUGCCUAUCAAUCUGCCGGUGUUGGUUGUCUGGAUACAUAAUUUGGCGGUUCACUGGUUGACACCGUUUUCAUCCCACCAUAAUGUGCUGUCGAUAGCACCGUUUAUCAUCCUGGUCGAGACACUCUCGAGCGGGAUGAUGGUGCCAUCCGUCAGAUCCCUCCGGUGGGCGACGAACUUGUUGUUUUUUGUGUUGGCGGUUUAUGCGGCGUUGUAUGGCAUGACUUAUGCAUACAGACUACACUACAUUGCCAACAUUAUUGCUCUGUGGCUGGUUCUGUUGCAUUUUUCCAACUACCAACGGCACAUUACCACUUAG